CACGACCAACUUCACUUUGCCACACGCGCUGCUUCCCGCAUCAAAACGCUCGCAGACAGGUUGCACAGUCACACGUGUGCAAAAGAACAGCACAGCGCAAGUUCGAAGUCCACCCGUGGCAGUAGCAGGCAACGCAGGCUGACCACUCGCCACCGAGGCUGGCAGUGGUCCGCGGGGCGCUAAAAGACGCGCAGCCGGCGGAGACCCAUGCGCCAAAGCAUGGCGCUGCUCAUAGCGCUGGCGGCGCGGCCGGCGCGCGCACUCAUACCAAGACUACAUCACAUACCAAGAGCCGCCGUCGCCCGCCACAUGAGUGAUGCUCCGGUUAAUUUAGUCGUGGACCCCGAGACGGGCGAGGAGAUGUCGAAGAGCGCUUUGAAGAAGCUGCAGAAGCAGCGGAAAAUUGAUGCUAAAAAAGCUGCUAAGAAGCAAAAAGCGGCCGAGGCGGCACCAGCUGUUGUGGAAGAUAAGGGCCCGCCGCUCGUGGCCGCGCAACUGCCCUUUUCCAUCGAGGCUCCUAUUGAUGAUCAACCGAGGUUCGGCGACAUGGACGUCUGCCGGUCCCAGGCUUCUUCAUCAGACAAGCCGUCAACCAUCAAAGCGCUGCAAGCGGGCGAGGAGGCCUGGGUGCGUUGUCGGGUGGCCAACGUCCGGAGCACGGGCCGGGCCGUGUUUUUGGUGUUGCGAAGUUUGGAUGAUGCGGCCGAAACAUUACAAGCUUGCUAUUUUAAGGACAAGGCGGAUCCGCGGUCCAAUGAAGCUCUCAAGUUUCUCGAGAGACUGACCUGCGAGUCCAUCGUCGACUGUCGGGGGAGCGUCGCGGAGGCGACCGUCGAGACCUGCUCUCGAGGGGACGUUGAAUUACAAUUGAACAGCUGUAAGGUCGUCACGAGGGCACCUGCGACGCUACCUUUCUUAGUAGAGGACGCUUCGAGAUCAGAAGCCGAGAUCGAAGCAUCACAAAGUACUGACAGACCAUUCGCGUCGGUCUCGCAAGAGGCCCGCCUGGACCACCGCUGGUUAGAAUUACGAACCCCUGCCUCCGCAGCAACUCUGAAACUCCAAGCGGCCGUCUGCCGCCUCUACCGGAACGCCAUGGAUAGUCGCGGAUUCGUCGAGAUCCACUCUCCCAAGUUGAUAGCGGGCGAGAGCGAGAGCGGCGCGGGCGUGUUUACGACGGACUAUUUCGGCGAGACGGCGUGCUUAGCGCAAUCGCCGCAAUUAUAUAAACAAUUAGCUGUUGCUGGGGACUUGGGCGGUGUGUAUGAGGUCGGGCCCGUGUUUCGGGCCGAGAACUCGAAUACAAGAAGGCACCUUUGUGAGUUUACGGGGCUGGACUUCGAAGUGCCGAUCGUGUCGCAUUACUCCGAGGCUAUUAGUAUUGGCCACGGCGUCUUCAAAGCUAUUUUUGAAGGGUUAGAAGAGGAGUGCUCGGACCUAUUAACUUCCGUAAGGGCGCAGUUUCCCUCGUCCAAGCCUGUCAUUUCUGACGAGCCCGUGGUGCUUCACUUCGACGAUGCUUUACAGCUGUUGAGGGAUAACGGCUGUGCACCGGAGGGCGGCGACGACCUGUCUGGUGCUGAUGAAUUGAGACUAGGUGAACUGGUCAAAGAAAAGCACGGCGUCGAUUUCUUCGUAGUAGACCGGUACCCGUCGUCGAUCCGACCCUUCUACACGAUGCUCGACCCUUCAGAUAGUUCAAGGUCGAACUCCUACGACUUCUUCCUGCGGGGCCAGGAGAUCUGCUCCGGGGCGCAACGCGUCCACGACCCUUCUUUGUUGAGAGAUCAGCUCCGUGCGCCUGCGGCGUCCUUGUCACUUUCCGACGCCAUCGACGCGAGGGUGAGAGUUCGCGCGCCGACUCACGCGUCGCUGCGCAGGCGCGAAGGGUUUGGACCCCGACGCCGCGGACCUCUCGGCCUCUCUCAAAUCAUACAUGCAGGCCUUCGAGCACGGCGCGCCGCCGCACGCGGGCUGCGGCUUCGGGCUGGAGCGCGUCGUCUUCCUCUAUUUGGGGUUGGACAACAUUAGGAGGGCGUCCCUGUUCCCGCGCGACCCAAAGCGGUGCGCGCCCUAGGCUUCAUACAAAC